UGCACGUAGAGCCCGGCACGUGCGAAGUCAUUGCAGCUCACAGGUGCUGCAAUAAGAACAAGAUCGAGGAGCGCUCCCAGACGGUGAAAUGCUCCUGCUUCCCGGGGCAGGUGGCAGGGACAACACGGGCGGCUCCCUCCUGCGUGGACGCCUCCAUCGUGCUGCAGAAGUGGUGGUGCCAGAUGGAGCCGUGCCUCGACGGGGAAGAGUGCAAGGUGCUGCCCGACCUCUCGGGCUGGAGCUGCAGUAGCGGCAACAAAGUGAAGACGACCAAGGUAUGUCCCCGGGCAGGGUCACACGAUAGCCUCCGUGCAGCUCGGCGGCAGCUGACCGGCCUCGGCGCGGGUCCCUGGUGCUCUGCAGAGCCGAGAGCAGCAGCAUGUGGCCGGAGCGGUGCCUGCGGAGGCGGGAUGCUCCGGGGCUGCCGUCCUGCGCCUGCUGACUUGACUGUGCCAG